AUGAAGGUGUUCUAUUCUGUUGAAUUGGUUGUUUGGAAAAAUUAUGUCUGUAAAGAGUUGGAAUAUAAUCCUAAUGAAUUGGACUUCAAUUUAAGCGAGGAAGACGAAUUGAAGUGGAAAACAGCAAUUCAGGAACGGAUUCAUAAUUACCAUUAUUACAAGAAAUACUCUUCUCGUAUAUACUUUGAUGUGGCAAUUUGUGAUUAUAAAAUAAAUGAAAUUGCAAAUUUGUUUCUUAUGGAAAAUCUCCCAAAAUUCUUCGUUUGCAAUUAA